CUUCUAAUUUUCUCAAAAUAUACUCCAUAUCCUACUAAUAAGUUGAACUUGGCUUAAGCAAUAAGCAGUGGGUUUGGCAGUUGGAAUCAAUGUCGGAAGUUUCACUUCUGCUGUGUUUUCUUCUCAUAAAUCUUUCUUCAGGCACAGAUAACUUUAGCAGAGAUGACUUCCCACCGGGCUUUGUUUUCGGUGCUUCCUCCUCUGCUUAUCAGGUGGAAGGUGCUGCAGACGAAGAUGGGAGGACCCCAAGCAUCUUCGACACAUAUACUCAUGCUGGGAAUUAUCAUGGAGCCACUGGAGAUGUAGCUUGUGAUGGGUAUCACAAAUACAAGGAAGAUGUCAAACUAAUGGCGGAUACUGGUUUAGAGGCAUAUAGAUUUUCAAUCUCAUGGUCAAGACUUAUCCCAAAUGGAAAAGGACCUGUCAAUCCGAAGGGUCUACAAUAUUAUAACAAUCUUAUCGAUGAACUAAUCAGCAAUGGAAUUCAGCCACAUGUUACUUUACACCACAGUGAUCUCCCACAAGCACUUGAAGAUGAGUAUGGAGGAUGGGUUGGUCAAGAGAUUGUAAAAGACUUCACAGCAUAUGCAGAUGUAUGCUUCAAAAAUUUUGGCGACAGAGUUCUGUAUUGGACUACCAUUAAUGAACUUAAUAUUUUUUCACUUGCGGGUUAUGAUAUUGGAUUACUUCCGCCACAACGGUGUUCAGCUCCAUUUGGUGUGAAUUGUUCUAGGGGUAACUCCUCAGUAGAGCCAUACAUUGCAGCUCAUCAUCUAUUGCUAUCUCAUGCAUCGGCAGCUAGAUUGUACAAGAAAAAGUACCAGGACAAGCAACAUGGAUUUGUAGGAAUCAAUGUAUUUGCCUAUUGGUUUGUUCCUCUAACAAAAACCAUUGAAGAUGAACUUGCUGCCCAAAGAGCCCUCGACUUUUAUUCUGGUUGGAUUUUGAAUCCCUUGGUGUUUGGAGAUUACCCUGAUGUAAUGAAAAAGAACGUAGGCUCUAGACUUCCUGCCUUUACUAGUUUGGAGUCCCAAAGUGUGAAAGGUUCAUGUGACUUCCUGGGAAUUAAUUAUUAUAACACAUUAUACGCCAAGGACUACUCUAGCAGCUUAAAGACGGAAAAGAGAGACUUUAAUGCAGACUCAGGAAUAAAGAUUAUGCGUCUACAAAAUGAUACAACAUUUGAGUUUCCAAUAACUCCCUGGGGCCUGCAACGACUGCUGGAAUAUGUCAAGCAAAACUAUGGAAAUCCUCCAAUAUAUAUCCAUGAAAAUGGUCAACGAACUCGACGCAAUUCAUCGUUAGAGGAUUGGCCAAGGGUGAAAUAUUUGGACGGACACAUCCAAACUUUGCUUGAAGCUGUAAGGAAUGGAUCAAACGUCAGAGGCUAUUUUAUAUGGUCCUUUUUGGAUUCCCUUGAGCUGCUGGACGGCUAUGAAUCAAGCUACGGCCUCUACUACAUCGAUUUGGAUGACCCUGAUUUAAGAAGACAACCCAAACUCUCUGCUCACUGGUACUCCCAGUUUUUAAAGAGAAAGAACGUCAUCAGCUUAGAUGGGUUUUUUAAAUCCCUUCCCCAUGAUCGCCUUCAGUAGAUUUCAUGUAAAGAAAGAUGCAUGUUUUUACUCCCCCUAGAAAUUCUGUCUAUGUAAUUGAAAA